GGUGGUUAGUUUACUGUACGUCCAGGAAACAGCACGAGAUCCUCCGCAGAGAAGCGCGCAUUUUUUGCCGGCAGAUAUUCGCUUUAAGGGGCUCCGUCAGCGGGAGAAUUGUCCGCCAUGCCGUCCAUGUUGGGGGUCGUCGCCAAACAGCUCAAGAGCCAUCCAGCUCUGAUCCCCCUCUUCAUCUUCAUCGGUGGUGGGGCAACCAUGAGCAUGAUGUACCUGGCUCGGCUGGCUCUGAAAAACCCAGACGUCUCAUGGGAUCGUAAGAACAACCCCGAGCCCUGGAACAACCUGCAGCCGGACCAUCAGUACAAACUUUUCACAGUUAACAUGGACUACUCCAAGAUGAAGAAGGACAGGCCUGAUUUCUAAGCCGAGAUGUCUUCGCACCUCUAUCUCCGACAUUAUUGUCAGUGUGAUGAGCCUUUGCACUUUUUUCCACAUACAACACAAACCUGAAGCGAGGGUUGUGCUGCACUCAUUCAGUUGGUUAAUUUCCAGUGUGAAGGGGAUCAUCCACUUAUCAAUGACUGUAUGAAUAAAACAGACAACCACCUGUUUUACUAAAUGAUGAAUUUAUUUUUGUUGUAAAUUAUUAAAAUCAUUUAAAUCACA